CUCCACAGAGCAAAACACAGCGGAUAAUGAGCAUCCUUCCGGACAAGCACGCAGCGGACGCGGAUUGCAGGGCAGACAAGCAGCCCUGACGCAGUGAUGCCUGCGUCCUCACCUUCAGCGCUGCUGCUUGGGAAGGAUGACAGCACCUUCAUGCAUUACUUUUAGGAUCCGCUCUGCAGCUAUACUGUACGUACGCUGGGAAACGUGGAUUGCGCUUUUGAACGAGAAGCACUCUGGUGUCAUCCUUUUAGCAUCUCAUGCAUACUGAUUUCACGAAUUCGUGCAAAAAGCUUAUUUAACGCAUGCAGUUUCACGACUCGAUAGUGGAGUUGAACCGAAGUUGAACGUUUUCUCCGAGAUACCGGACGGUCGUGGGCGAGUACUGCGUCUGAGCUUCAAAAUGUUUAAGCCAGGUGAACAAAAAGGUACGCAUCCUAUCUCAGAUCUUCUCUGCGUGACACUAUUCAUUUUGGGUGCUCUUCAGUUUACUAUUUUGGAAGGUUUGCAGUGACUUUAAAAGACGUGGGAAACAAGUCAUCCACACGUGCGUCUGUUUUAUACAGCUCGCUGGAUUUCUUUUAAAAGGAAACUCUUGAACACAAAAAAUAAUAUUUUUAUCUGCCUCUCUGCUGGGUUUUUACGCAUGUGUCGUUUAUUUGCUAUUUUUCCUAACAAGUUAUUAGCCAGUAGUAAAUCAGUAAGCCGUAUGCCAGGUGAUGCUUGUCCUAGCGGUCAUUCUUACACAAGUAUAAGCAGCCAGCAAUAUUUAUGAGGCAUCAUGUUUUUAUGCAAUGCCAGUGCCAUAAAAGAUUGGAGUUCUUUCCUCACGCAGAUCUUGCCGCUCGUGAACAAGACGGCAGAUUUUGUCCACCAAAGCAUAGAAAAAGUAGAAUCUACCACCAGUGCAAUGGUGACGGCCUUGGAAGCUGACCUCAGCGGGGAGAGCGCCAGUCGCCCCCCGUCCGACCCGAACCACACCUCGGGGAUGGAGCACUUCUUCCAGUACUCCUACUCAGAGAGUGACCUUCUGUACACGGACUUCAAAAACCAGCCCGGCGAUCCCAUCCCUCUGCCCAAAGCCGUGUUAUAUUUGGUGAUGGCAGCUUUGGUGAUGGUCGCUGUGGCGUAUGCUAUCGUCGGACACCUAGUGAAGGAUCUGCUCCAUGAUUUUGUUGAUUGGGUGUUUGGGGCCCGUCCAGUCGACACCAGCAGUAAGACUCAAAUAAACUGUAUCAGCAAUAGCAUGAAUGAGAUGAGUGAGAUGGGCGAACUCACUCAGUUUGCGAACACUAAGGAGCUUCAUUGCGGUCAGAGUGACUGUCUGGAUGCUGCUAAGGAGGAGGAGUUCAUAAUCACCAUAGACGAGACUUUACACCUACCUCAAGAUCCGUACUGUGGUACUUAACCCCACCGCGAUUAACGCGUCGUUUGGUUCUGCCUGUAGGGGGCGCAGCAGGAGACAGCCGGUGAUCUUGUACGUGGAAAUACCGGCGAAACUGCAUGGCCCGUUAUAAGCUAACGUAACAUUAGCAUCACCGCCCGCUGAAGAGGUUUCACAGUCCGGGAAGACUCGUCUCAAAGCUGGAGGAAUAUGAGGCUGUUUGCAGCGUUUUAACAGACUGCGUCUCCCCUUUACCCAUGAGAAGUUACCAAAAAGUGUUAUGGUUAAAACACGGCGUUUUGUUAGAAGGCAUUAUUGAUAAACUGUGUCUGGAUACUCUGUAGCAAAAAAAGCAUUUUUUUAGAUGCCUGUCAUAUUUACUUAAAAUGUCGACGCUUUUAAUCAUCCCACAUAUUGCACUCUUGGAAACAUUGUAUUAUGUGGUGGCAAUUUUUGGUACUCGUGUACACUCUGGAACUCAGACCUACAUCUACACAAUGUUUUUGAUGUUCUCUGAUGUGACUAAGGGCGGUUUUAUUUUACUUCAAUCUUAAACUUUUCAUUAGUGUAGUGUAAGGUGUGACAUUUUGAUCUUAAAAUAUCCAAGUUAUUCUUUGUAUCUGGAAGUGAGUUAGUUUCUUAAUGUCUGUGGAAACAUUUACCACAAGUGAAAUAAAGUAAUAUACAAUCAUAAUGUAAUACAAAAAUGCAGGAUAUUUAACGGAAAAUUGAGGGAAAUCAAACAUGCUGCAUAAGAUUAUCCACUUAUUCAAUGGUUGCUUUAAACAGAGUGGAUAUUUAUAGUUAAUAAUAUAAAUAAUAUUAAUAUCAAUAAUGGAACCUCUGUCAUUUACUUGAAUUUGAGACACGUUGUGUUUGAAAUAUAAUGACGGUUGUAACUGUAAAACAAGAGCAACAAAAUUAUACAGAUUUUUAGAAAACAUCACCCAGACAAACGUUUCAUCAAACAGCUGCUCGGCAAUUUGUCAAUUAAAUUUAUUUUGAGUUCUAGAUGAACGAUUUUCAAACACGACACGUUCAGAACUGAAAAGGAUAUAAGCGGGGCAUAUUUAACACCAAAACUUGCGUUCAGGGGGGUAAUGUGUUUUUCAUAACCUUCCUUUCUAUCUCAGAAAUAAGGGCUAUUGGUUUUUGUCGUCAUGUAUGCCUUUGGACAUUAUGACUGCAGUGAGUGCAGGUUAAUUAGAACGACAGUACAUGCAGCGUGAGCACGUAUUGUUGAAUAUAGGGCUGCUGUAAUCUAUCGCCUAUGAUGAACACACAUUAAGUCAGGGGCUCAUCUCCAAAUUCAGCUUGAUCUCUUUGUACUAUGAACCAUCUUUGUUUCAAUUUCCAGCCGCUUGUGAUUCCCUGUUCGUCGCUGUUUUCCAAAUGCAGUCACAAACGGAACAACACGUGAAUAAAACAAGCAUUUCAAGCACCUCGGUUUCAUUCUGAGAAUUUUCUCCUGGGUUCCACCCGAAUUUGCAGCCUUACAAACAGGUGGUGAAUGUGUUCUUUACCUGAUAUGAUGGAAUAAAAUUACCGCUAAUUUUCAGUCCUGGC